UUUCCUCCAGCUCUGUCAUUUCAGCUCUGACACCAAGGCAAGAGGCUAGAAGGUCUACAAAUAGCGUCUGAGUAGCUGGUGUGAGUACGGAGGGUACUGGGGGGGGCUUAGCCCUCAAGGAAGAGAACCAGUCUUCCCCCAGCACCACCAUCAAAGUCCCAGAGACUCCCUCUGCCUUCCACAGACAGUGGACUGACUUGACUUAGGGAAUCCCCAAACCCUCCCUUUCAAGGACAACCCUACUACAAGGGACAGGAAUAAAGGAGGAAAGAAUGGCAGUCGGGGAUUAGAUUUCAUAGUGGGGUCCAACCUCUUGCAGGAUGACAGAAAAGGAGGUGCUGGACUCCCCUAAGCCCUCCUUCCCAGCAGAGACUGCACAAAGUGGGCUACAGCGACUGAAGCAGUUACUGAGGAAGGGGUCUUCAGGGAUAAAGGAAAUGGAGCUUCCCCAAGAGCCUCAGGCCAAUGGGGAGGCAGUGGGUGCUGGGGGUGGGCCCAUCUAUUACAUCUAUGAGGAAGAAGAGGAAGAAGAAGAAGAGGAGGAGGAGCCACCGCCAGAACCUCCUAAGCUUGUUAACGAUAAGCCCCACAAAUUCAAAGAUCAUUUCUUCAAGAAACCAAAGUUCUGUGAUGUCUGUGCCCGGAUGAUUGUGCUCAACAACAAAUUUGGGCUUCGCUGUAAGAACUGCAAAACCAACAUCCAUGAACAUUGUCAGUCCUAUGUGGAGAUGCAGCGAUGCUUCGGCAAGAUCCCCCCUGGUUUCCAUCGGGCCUAUAGCUCCCCACUCUACAGCAACCAGCAAUAUGCUUGUGUCAAAGAUCUCUCUGCUGCCAAUCGCAAUGACCCUGUGUUUGAAACCCUACGCACUGGAGUAAUCAUGGCAAACAAGGAACGGAAGAAGGGACAGGCAGAUAAGAAAAAUCCUCUAGCAGCCAUGAUGGAGGAGGAGCCAGAGUCAGCUAGACCAGAGGAAGGCAAACCCCAGGAUGGAAACCCUGAAGGGGACAAGAAGGCUGAGAAGAAGACACCUGAUGACAAGCACAAGCAGCCUGGCUUCCAGCAGUCUCAUUACUUUGUGGCUCUCUAUCGGUUCAAAGCCCUGGAGAAGGAUGAUCUGGAUUUCCCGCCAGGAGAGAAGAUCACAGUCAUUGAUGACUCCAAUGAGGAAUGGUGGCGGGGGAAAAUCGGGGAGAAGGUCGGAUUUUUCCCUCCAAACUUCAUCAUUCGAGUCAGGGCUGGAGAACGUGUGCACCGUGUAACGAGAUCCUUCGUGGGGAACCGCGAGAUAGGGCAGAUCACUCUCAAGAAGGACCAGAUCGUGGUGCAGAAAGGAGAAGAAACCGGCGGCUACGUCAAGGUCUACACCGGCCGCAAAGUGGGGCUCUUCCCCACCGACUUCCUGGAGGAGAUUUAGGCAUUCGGGCGACCACAGGCUGGAGACUCCCAUGCCCCAUUCUGGGCGGGCCCAGUGGAGGUUGGGAAGGAAAGGGGCGAGAGCAACUGGACUGCUGGGUGAGGGAGGGGUGGGAAGGCCCGUCAGAGAGUGACGGGGCUUCUAGGAAGGGACUGGUUCCCACCCCCACUCCCCACACCCGCCCCCGGCCUAGGGCCUCGGAUACCUGAUGUCCAGAGCAACCGGCAUCCGCAACACCUCGGGCCCAUCCUGCGAGAGCUGGGAAAAGAAAGUGUUGCUGGGGGAGGAGGGAGGGAGGGGAGAAACCACGGAGGCGAACUGCAGAAUGUUGCAAAUUUAUUAAAGUUUUGACAAAAGUUAGAAAA